GGAAGAAGGAAGGCGGGAGGGAGGGGAGGAAGGCGGGAGCGAGGGAAAGAGAGCAAGAACAGCCUCAAACGUUUCGAAUAAUUCCGCUUCCGUCGGGAAUAGGGACCGGGAGGCUGCGAAGGAGGGAAGCCGGGGUUGAGCUGUUUCUCUUGUCCGCUCGGGGCGCCUCCUCGCCCUCCUUCCUUCCUUCCCUCCCAGCCGGGGCCCCGCCAUGGCCACCUCCCCGCAGAAGUCGCCCUCGUCCCCGAAAUCGCCCACCCCCAAGUCGCCCCCCUCCCGGAAGAAAGACGACUCCUUCUUGGGGAAACUCGGGGGCACGCUGGCCAGGAGGAAGAAGGCCAAGGAAGUGUCUGAACUACAAGAAGAAGGAAUCAAUGCCAUUAACCUACCACUCAGCCCAAUUCCUUUUGAGCUAGAUCCUGAAGAUACUAUGCUAGAGGAGAAUGAAGUCCGGACAAUGAUAGAUCCCAAUUCAAGAAGUGAUCCAAAACUACAGGAGCUGAUGAAGGUGCUAAUUGACUGGAUUAAUGAUGUGCUAGUGGGAGAAAGAAUCAUUGUAAAAGACCUUGCUGAAGACCUGUAUGAUGGACAAGUGCUGCAGAAACUCUUUGAGAAGCUGGAGAGUGAGAAACUCAAUGUUGCUGAAGUCACACAGUCUGAAAUAGCUCAGAAACAGAAGUUACAGACAGUACUUGAAAAGAUCAAUGAAACCCUUAAACUUCCUCCAAGGAGCAUCAAGUGGAAUGUUGACUCUGUCCACGCAAAAAGCCUAGUUGCAAUACUGCACCUUUUGGUUGCGUUGUCACAGUACUUUCGGGCCCCAAUCAGACUGCCAGAUCAUGUGUCUAUUCAAGUUGUGGUUGUCCAGAAACGUGAAGGAAUCCUCCAGUCCCGACAAAUCCAAGAGGAAAUCACUGGCAACACAGAGGCAUUGUCAGGACGGCAUGAACGAGAUGCAUUUGAUACACUGUUUGAUCAUGCUCCAGAUAAACUCAAUGUUGUGAAAAAGACGCUCAUAACAUUUGUGAAUAAACACCUGAAUAAGCUGAAUUUGGAAGUUACAGAACUGGAAACCCAGUUUGCAGAUGGUGUGUAUCUGGUGCUCCUAAUGGGUCUUCUUGAAGGCUAUUUUGUGCCACUUCACAGCUUUUUCCUGACUCCUGAUAGUUUUGAACAAAAGGUGCUCAAUGUGUCCUUUGCAUUUGAACUAAUGCAAGAUGGAGGGUUGGAAAAACCAAAGCCAAGGCCAGAAGACAUUGUGAAUUGUGACUUGAAGUCCACUCUGAGAGUACUAUACAAUCUCUUCACCAAAUACAGAAAUGUAGAAUGAAGACCUCCAUCGGGUUGCCAGCAGUGGCUAUUAAUUAACCAACCUAAGAGCCACUUUUUCUUUUACAGUUAACCUUUCUCCGCUACCACCCUGCCGCACACAAUUUGCUUUUUAAUGGCAUACUUCUCAGAAUAUUGUUAUAGCAUUUCUUUUGCAUAGAAUGUUUUAGUCAAAACCCUUUGAAAUUUUGUAAACACUUGAAAGAAGAUACAGAGAUUGCUACUGAGGGACUCAUCUUGCUAGAUAUUUUUUUUUUACUAUUGCUUGUAUUUUUGGAGAGCAGCCAACACAGACACAAGCAUCAAUACACAAACAGGCUAAGAAAACAAAUAGUAUUCAAUAGAGAGAACAGCCUGUUGCUAUCAGCUUUGCUGAGGCAGUGAUUGGGACUGUGCUGAGACUCAUGGCUACAAGGUUCAGCUUUGUGGGAACAGCUUGCAUGGGACUGACCAUACUCAAACUACUGUUGUUACUCCUGCCAUCUUUGGUGCUGCUGCUUUGGUGUUCCCUCCCAUUCAACAUGUAACCUGUCCACACAAAAGACAGUCAGGUUGUGAAGCAACAGCCUAUUCCCAGUGUAACUGACUCAUUGUAAGCAAUGGAGCAGGAAAAAUUGGACACUUCUGUACUAUUUCCCCCAUAUAUUCAGAUAGUGCUGGAAAACAACUGGAAGUGACUUUCCCCAUUACUUGCUAUCAACAGAGUCUGUUGCUGUUCAGCUUGUCCAUAGAAUCAAUUAUGUUACACUGCUUCACAAUAAUUAAACUUAAUUCACAAUGAGAUAUUGGAAAGCUAUGGCAAAGGUCAUGGACAAAGAAGAGAGGGGAAAGAGAGCCCAACCAUGGAUCACAUGAUAUACUUUCAAGCUUAAAAACAGCUUUGGAAAUACAUUAUAAGGAGCUAAUUCCUUGUGCUUACAUUCCUUAAUUUUUCAUUCCUUGAAAGUUUUCAAAUCAUAGCCUUUCUGCUCAAUAUAAAUUACAAUGUAUUUAAGUAAAUACCCAUUAUAUAGUUUUUCACAAUAGGAUACUCUUGCUUAAUUGCAAAGGCAAUGGUACGAACUGUUUGUAUAAUUUCAAAACAGCAAGUCCCUUAGAGAAAAGCACAUAUAAAUUCAGCAUCAUAGCUUAAAUUCCAGAAUAAAGGAUCGAUUCAGUCCUACCAUUCAUUGGAAGGAAUUUUAAAUGAGUGAUGCUUACUGAAGUGAAAUGGCACAGUCAAAAAAAUAAUUGGUACCAGAAAUUUUAGCUGUAAACAGAAGUAUAUAUUUUUGAAAUAAUUGGGUAUUAUUGUAUUACAUGUUUUCUGAAAAUCUAAAAUAAGUGAUAAAUGUUGAUUACUAACUUAAUAGUCAAUCUAUGUUUUAUUGGUGAUAUAUACCAACAGGAUUUACAUCAUAAUUUAUGAUAAGAAAUUGAAAGUUAGCAUUGUGAUUCCAUUUAUUCUACAUUUUGUACUGUUUUUUUUUUUAAAAAAAAAUAUUCCCUAAAUGUUAACACUUUAUAUGCACCUUUACCUAGUUUAUAUUUUGAGAAGAUGAUUUCAAAUAUUUUCUUGUCUUUAGUGAGGAAUAAUUUGAUUUUUAUGUUUCACACUGGUUUUAUUUUUGUAAUGCAAAUAGAAGUUUUUAUAUUGUAUAAGAGCAUCUCCAUUGUCCUCGGUGCCUAAUACAUUGUUCAUAAGUGUUCAGCAACCCAGGGCCAAUUUUCAUCUUCAUUGUAGUCAACUGCCAGGAGAUGAUUGUAGUUCAUUCUGUUUUGUAUAGUAAAUCCUUGCAUAUUUUAAUAAUUUUUAAUUUUUCUAGGGAUUAACAUAAUGCAGAUAAAAUUACUGUUGGUGCUGCCAUUAUAUUUUAUUCUGUCCUGAAGCCACUGUUAAAGGCAUAGGUGAGAGUGAAUGCAAAUGUGGCACUUAGGCUGAGUAUAAGCCAACAAAAUUAGUUGAGCUUCUGUGGAAUAUCAGUCCUCUAAUUUGGGUCAGAUGUACCAGAUUGGGGAAGCUUUAACAUCAUGAUUCCACCUUCUGGUUAUGAAACAACCAGGACAGAACCAUGUUAGGCAUUACUGACUCUUAAGGGGACACAAUUCAUUUUGGGCCCCAAAUAUUCUUUCUAUGUUGAUUGUCUUUUUCUUCAGCACUACAUCUUAAAUUUUGUAACUGUAAAAGAGAGAUCCUUUGCAACACCCUCAACUAUUUUUAAAAAAAGAUUCCGAUUAUUGGUUUUGUUUUAAGGGUUAAGAUUGGGUUCUAAGAUUUUAGGAUUCAGUUCCAUUUCAGCUUAUUCAAAGGUACUUCUCUGAAUCAGUUUGUGGGUUUGAAUUUAAGGUUGGAGUCAGUUUCCUUGAAUAGCAGUACAUUUUAAUAAGUACAUGGGCUCCCGGCAAAGGCCAUGUACUGGGUGGUUGCGUUACAGAAGCAAAGUCAAUAUAGAGAGGAAGUCCAUAGAAGAUAAAAGAUGCCAAGGAAAACCAGAUAAUCUUUAUUGCUUAUAGAUUGAAUAGUAAGUGCCUUAUAAUUAUUCUGAGCAGAGGAGGAAAAUUACAUUUCUAUAUGGCUUUCUUGUCAAAGUAGAAGAACACCAUCAUAUUUGCAGUUCUGAUGCAAAUUUUUAUCGGGUAAAGGGGUAUAAACUUGCUUUUUAAAAGGAAUUUCACUGAUAAAAAGUAUAAGAUGUAUCUAAACAAUAAGAAAAAGUGAGCAAAUUAUGUCAUUUUUGGAGUCCAUAUAAUUUUAAUUAUUACAUAAACUUCCUCAUCAAGCCAGAGAGAGGGGUCUUAAUUGGAAAAGAAUGAUUGACUGGCUGUCUAGCUCUGUCCCCUUGACAAAUGGAUCUCUGUUAUACCCCAGGCAUCAUAGCCUACAGCAGGACAAUGUCACCUGAACACCAGUCUAUAUAAAUAAAAAUGUAAUGUCAGUCAGUGCAGGACAUCUUAUCUUCAAAACUACUCCACCAAUUGAUAUGAAAUUUUAACACAACAUAGCAUUCGACCUGGCGAGUGCUUUAAGCCUACUCUCACUAACCUAACCCACCUGAGAAAGGUAAAAACAAACCCCUAAACAAUGGCCAAUCAGUCUCCCCCACCCUUAGCUACCAUCCUAACAGACAGCUCCUCCCCGUAGCAAUGGCUAAGCACUCCCCUUCUCCCUUAAUAACCAUCUUAACAGACGACUCCUCCCCUUAGCAACAGAGCAAGCAACGGCCAAGCAGACUCCACUCUGUGGCCAGGACUGCAACGGAUGGCUAGGCCUGCCUCCUUGCCAGUCAGAUCGGCUGGGCGAGUGAGGCCUAGCCACGAAAAGGGAGUCAGGAGCGACUUGAGAAACUGCAAGCCGCUUCUGGUGUGAGAUAACUCUUUUCUGCUUGAGGCAAGUGUGUAUUUUGCAAUUGGCCAGCUUGAAUAGCAUUGAAUAACCUUGCAGCUUCAAAACCUGGCUGCUUCCUACCUAGGGGAAUCCUUUGUUGGGAGGUGUAACCUGGCUAUGAUUGUUUCGUGUCUGGAAUUCCUCUGUAUUCCGAGUGGUGUUCUUCAUUUACUGUUCUGAUUUUAAAGUUUUUAAAAACCUGUAGCCAGAUUUUCAAUAAUAGGAGGAGGAGGAGGAGGCACUGAAGUCGCUCCCUGAGAGGGGCCUAUGGCCUCUCCCAGCAGGAAAAUAACACAAUUAUCUAGCCUUACUUUCCAAUUGAACCAGAAUGGACUACAGUAACGCAUUUUGGCCAGCUUGUUAGCACUAAAUAACCUUGCAGCUUUAAAGCCUGACUUCUUCCUGCCUAGGGUAAUCUUUUGUUGGGAGGUUAGCUGGCCCUGAUUAUUUCAUGUCUGGAGUUCCUAUGUUUUUUGAGUAGUGUUCUUCAUUUACUGUCCUGCUUUUGGAGUUUUUAAAAACUGGUAGCCAGAUUUUCAAUAAUAGGGAAAAGGAGACACUGGGGUCACUCCCUGGGAGGGGACUAGGACUUCUCCCAGCAGGAAAAUAACACAGUUCUCUAUUCUUUCUUUCCCAUUGAACCAGACUGGGUCACAGCAAUGCGUGGCUGGGUACAACUAGUUCCUUUAUACAUCCUUUCCAGUGAUUAAUUUCUGCUAAUGCUUCCAUUUUGCAACAAAGUGAAUUUUAAAAUAACACAAAUAAAUUAUGUUUUUGGAUGUGUAUUGUGACCAUAUUCCAAAGAACUUACAUGAAAAUCGAUUCAAAAUAUGCAUGUGGGUCUAUCAGAGGUGAUACCACCUUCAGUAUUUCAAAUGGUUCACAUUUGAGGUGGUGAAGAUAAUGUAUUUGUGCUGUCAAAAGCUUUCACUGCUGGAAUCACUGGGGUAUUGUGUGGUUUCUGGGCUGUAUAGUCAUGUUCUAGCAGCAUUUUCUUCUGACCCUCUGAAGAUGCAUAUGAGAUGUCAGGAGAAAAUGCUGCUAGAACAUGACCAUAUAGCCCGGAAACUACACAACAUCCCAUAAUUUCUUUGAUUUGUAAAAGAAACUAUAUUAAGGAACAGCUAUCUUUUGUAGCCAGAUUUUGUUUUAACUGAAGAAGUGUUUCUACAGUAUAUAUUACAAAGGCAUAUAUUACAAACAUGGAAUGGUUUUCAUAAUCAAGCUUAUAUAAAUGGAUCCUGGCUUAUAUUUCUAAUAGAGAUUUUAUCACCUAUAUGAAAUUAAUAUGAAACAGAGUCUACAGAUUAUAUCUAAUAUUUAUUGCAUCUGAAAGAAUAGAAUAUAUAGAUAUAUAUUAGUAUACUAAUUUGUUUAUAUCAAAUAUAUAGUUGUUUUAUAAUAUUAAAACUAGUGUUAACCUAAUUUGAUAAAAUUGUAUUAUACCGUAAAGUCUUGAUUUACAUUGCAUUGUCUGCUCUGUUGAAGAGUUUUGAAACAAACACUGCCUUGUUUAUACUAGCAAAUAAACGAACUUUCCAGAACUAUGAUAGAAAUAUAAAAAUAACAUUGCUAUUACAUUAUACCUCUAUAGGACUAUGAGGUCUCUCCGAACUCUAAAAAGCUUAUGCUGAAGAAUAGAGAAGACCAAAGCAAAAAAUUGUUGCCGCAGAGUGCCACGAGAAGCCUUUUAUCUGGUUUUAGUUCCCACCCCGUCAGCUCUGUAUAUGACUGUCUUUGAGUGUGCAUGUGAAGUCUCAUAAAGGGAGUCAGAUUCACAUGAGCACCGUUUUAGGAAACACUGCCCUAUCUGAUAAUAGAAGCUAAGCAGAGUCAGCCCUGAGUAAAAUUUGGAUGAGAGGCUGCCUACAAAUACCAGGUGCUUUCGGCUAUAUUUGAGAGGAAAAAACAGGCAAAAACACCUGAGUAUUCCUUACCUAAGAAAACCCUAUGGAAUACAUGGGGUUGCCAUACAUUGACAGAGGACAUGAAGGCACACACACACACUUCUCUAUGAGAAAUAGAUACAACAAUAACUGCAAUUUGAGUGAUCAUGGCAGCUUGUUUAUUCCCUAUUAUGGUGUUAGCUCUGUGCACUAAGUUAUAAGUGAUGCCUAAAUACAGUAGGUAGUACUAACUACAACAAAACUAUUAGAUCACUUGGGAACUCAAUAUGGAUAUUAAUUCAAUGUAUUCACUUUAGGUGAGACUAACCAUUAGAUUUAGGCCUAUCUGAAGAAUUAAAAUUCUAAGAAUCUCCUCUUUCAAGCAGAAUGAAAUGGUUUUAAUGCUCAAUGAGUUGUCAAAGGCUUUCAUGGCCAGAAUCACUGGGUGGUUAUGAGUUUUCUGGGCUGUAUAGUCAUGUUCCAGAAGCAUUCUCUCCUGACGUUUCGCCCACAUCUAUGGCAAGCAUCCUCAUCUCACAACCUCUGAAGAUGCCUGCCAUAGAUGUGGGCGAAAUGUCAGGAGACAAUGCUUCUGGAACAUGGCCAUACAGCCUGGAAAACUCACAACAACCCAGUUUUUAAUGCUUGCAGGUUUGAAAAAAUAUUCCGAUUCAAUGAGAAAACUCUUCUAAAACCAGCUAGGUAGCUCAUUCAAGCACAACAGUGUUCAUCCCAAACUUUCCAGCCUUUCUGCCUUUCUUCUACCUAAAUAUUUUCCAAUGCCCACGUUUUGACUAGGGGAAGAAAAAAUAGCACCAGAGAGCAGUUUUUAUAGUAGGCUUAUUUAUUAAAAUAAAUGGCACUUGAUUAGUUUGAAUGGCCUGAGCUUAUUUUAAAUCUUGUUUUAUAAUUCUAAAUUAACGUUUCUAUUUCUUUUCAUGUAUGCUUUAGUCCAAGCAUAUUAGGGGAGCGGGGCUUAUUACUAGGUACUGAGCUACUUUUUUAUCCCUUUAAAAUUAAAUUUGGUUUCUUUUCCAAAAAUAUCCUUCAGUAUUCAAAGCAGUAUAGAAUACAAUAGUAUUUUGAAACAAUGUUCUUGUAUUUGAAUUUCAUUACCAGUUAACAGGAGUACAUCAUAAAAGCAGAUGAGCUUGCGUACAUAAAUGCUUCUAUCCUUUCACUGGCAUUCUAAUGAAUGAGAACUCGCAGUCUUAAGAAUUUGCAGUAAGGGCUUGCACCUCCUUCUGUGCACUAGAUGGGGUAUAAUCAAUAAGUAUUUAACCCACUGAACUGAACAAGCAACUGCUGCUGUGUGUAUGCGUGGCUGUUAAAUUAAUAGACAUUUAAAAUCAAUUGUAAAUCAGCAAAGAAAAUCCAGUUACUCAAGUACAUUGGAAUACAUAUUUGAAACUAAUUUUGAUAGAAAAAAAAUAAACAAUCCAUCAGAGAGCUGGGUGUUGGGAAUUCCUCAGUAGCUUGAGAACUCCAGUCCCAAGUCUGCCUCGGAGUGUGAUGCAAGCCCCUUCCCUGGAGGCUUUUAAACAGAGGCUGGAUGGAAAUAUGUCAGAGGUACUUUGAUUUUGCUUUUUCCAGCCUGGCAGGGGGUUGGACUGGAUGGCCCAUGUGGUCUCUUCCAGCUCUAUUGUUCUAUGAUUCGAAUGGCAUGCUUGCUUAUCAUUAAUUCAUGUUCAGUUUUGUACACUAAAUCUGAAUACAUUAUUUGUCAUCUAUGUAUUCUGCUACACACCAAAAAGUUUGCCUUUUUGGCUAAUAAAUUUUCAACUGCAAAUUCAACAGGACUUACAAAAAUAAAUAUAUGUACCACAGAGACUAUAUUCAAUGUUAUUCUUAUGUGUUCAGUUUUUAUUUAAAUGUGAUUCAUCAUUGACCACAAAAUUCAUGUACUUCUUGGAAUUGCUGGUUCUAUAAGUUCAAUAAUUUGUAACACAAAUUAGCUGGUUACAGAUUUCUAUUUCAAUUAAAAAAAAUUGUACCACCAAA